AGAUUCGUCUCCGCGAGUCCCAAUGGCUCCUCUUUCAAUUUUCUGAAGCUUUCUCUCCCUUUCGAGCCCCUUCGUUCAAGAGACUGGCCGGAUUUAGUCCGCCGGAAGACGAAUAACUCAUCUCCGAAAGAGGAUAAAGCGAUAAUCAAGCAGCUUCCUCAUGGAGGAUAUUCUCGUCGAUCGAACAAAAAGAAGCGGAUCAAAGAUUAUAUGGAGAAGGUUGAGCAAGAGCUUUCAAAGAUAUGCAUUGAUAUAAUGUCUAUGUUAGACGAGCAUCUGGUUCCAUCGGCUUUGGAGGGAAAUGUGACUAUUAUCGCUAUCUUGCGGAAUUCAAAUCAGAAAAUGAGAGGAAAUAGGCUGCUGAUCAGUCUU